UUGCUGCGAUGCGUGCUGCCGCAUGUUCAUCAGCCGUGUUGAUGCUAUUUUGCCGCGUUUGCUGGGCAAAGGUAUCGUACUACGAGGAGCACAACAUCCUUCCCUCAGACUACACCCGAGAGUUUCACCCCUGGACCAGCUUAGACUAUGCAGGGACGCUGGACGUCAAGAUCUACCUCACCAUCGUCAGCAUCUCUAUGAUCGACGAGGAAAAGUCGUCCGUUCAUAUGUCUCUUCUGUUACGUUGUAUAUGGAUGGACGACCGCAUCUUACUACCCGAAGGCAUGACGGGGGACGCGCACAUCUCAUUCUCGGCAUUGCUGCGCGAGCGGCUGUGGGUGCCCGACUUGUUCUUCCUCCACGCCACCUCCAUCCGCCGGCAGAAGCUGUUCACUCCCAGCGAGGCUCUGCAGGUCUACGCCAACAAGACCAUCUUCCUGUCAUCGCUGUACGUCAAACUUAUGAUGGAGUAUUCUUGCCCUAUGAAGUACACGUCUUAUCCUCUGGACCGGCAAUCCUGCGACAUCAUCAUGGAGAGCAGCGGCUACCCGAAGGAGCGGCUCAACAUCAGCUGGCACCCGGCCGGCGUGCGCCUGCCGUCACAACUCCAUAACCAUCAGUUCUCGGUGUCGAUCAGCAGCGGCUACCACAGCCAGUCAACAUACCCGUCAGGCACGUACUCGGCGGUCGGAUUCCGGCUUAAUCUGCAGCGCAAGGUGCAGUUCUACCUGCUGCAGGCGUACCUGCCGGAGUCGGGCCCACGGGUCAGCUACAUCAAGGCCAUGGAUGUAUGGAUGAUCGGCUGCAUGAUGUUCUGCUUCUGCUGCACCGUUGAAUACGCCGUGAUCAUCAGGUUCGAGCAGAUAACAAACUUUAGUUGCACAGGUCAUCACCAAAGCAUGACGGGGGACGCACACAUCUCAUUCUCGCCACUGAUGCGUGAGCGGCUGUGGGUGCCCGAUUUGUUCUUCCUCCACGCCACCUCCAUCCGCCAGCUGAAGCUGUACACUCCCAGCGAGGCUCUCCAGGUCUACGCCAACAAGACCAUCUUCCUGGCCUCACUGUACGUCAAGCUCGUGCGUCGCAACAGACCGCCCCGCUUUCAAUUCUGUGGCUACCCGUCCGAACGACUCAACAUCAGCUGGCACCCGGCCGGCGUGCGCCUGCCGUCUCAACUCUAUCAGCAUCAGUUCUCGGUGUCGAUCAGCAGCGGCUACAACAGCCAGUCGGCAUACCCGUCGGGCACGUACGCGGCGAUCGGAUUCCGGCUUGAUCUGCAGCGCAAGAUGCAGUUCUACCUGCUGCAGACGUACCUGCCGCAGGCGGGCCCUCGGGUCAGCUACGUCAAGGCCAUGGAUGUGUGGAUGAUCGGCUGCAUGGUGUUCUGCUUCUACAGCACCGUGGAAUACGCCUUGGUCAUCAGGUGUGCAGACGACCUGACAACAGGCACACAGAAGACCCGGUAG